AACUUGACACUCCAGCAUUCAAAUAAUGUGAAAAUGUCAUGAUUAUUGAAUGACAUUGUUAUUGCUUUAAUUUUUCUUUAAAAUUCAAAAUAAAUAUUUACUGUUAAGCUUGAUUUUAUUGGUUCAUCAUGACUUCCUUGAGAAACUUCUAUAUCAAACUUAAUGGCCUGUCAAGUGCUCUAUUACUAUCUAGAAAACUGCCUUGCCUAAUAACAGCUGGCAAUAAAUAUACAUACUAUUCAUGGAGUUCUAUGACUGCUGUGCAUCAUCCACUACUUCAGCCUGUUGGAAGAUGCUUGAAAUCAAGACACUCAUCUCUGCACACUUCUUCUGUACACUGCAAAAAUUAUUAUGAGAUUCUUGGUAUUUCUAGAAAUGCAUCACAAAAAGAAGUCAAAAAAGCAUAUUAUCAAAUGGCUAAAAAGUAUCACCCUGAUGUGAACAAGAAUGAUCCUGGAGCAGAGAAAAAGUUUGCUGAAGCCACAGAAGCAUAUGAGGUUCUAGGAGAUGAGGACAAAAGGCAGCAGUAUGACUCAUUUGGAUCAUCUGCAUUCAAUAAUGGAGGAGCUGGAGGCUCCAGUCCUGGGGGAUUCCGGUCAUCAGGCUUCCAGUACCAAGCUUCUGUUGACCCUGAAGAGCUUUUCCGUAAAAUAUUUGGAGAUUUCAGAUCACAGUUUGGUCAGAAUGAACCUGACUUUGCUGAGAGCGAUUUUGGCUACAAAGCAUCUGAAGAGGUCACAAUCCAGCUGACAUUUAAGCAAGCCGCACGAGGUGUUGAGAAGGACAUCAAAGUGAAUGUGGUGGGAACCUGUCCUAAGUGCCAAGGCUCGCGCUGUAUGCCUGGCACCAAGGCAGUGCGCUGCCAAUACUGUAAUGGCACAGGUGUUGAAACAAUAUCCACGGGUCCGUUUGUGAUGCGUCAGACGUGUCGCUACUGCGCGGGAACUCGCAUGGUGCUGCCUCAUCCCUGUGACGAGUGCAUGGGCAAAGGGCAGACCGUUCAGCGCAAAGUUGUUACAGUUCAAGUGCCUGCAGGCAUCAGUGAUGGACAGACACUCCGCAUGAGCGUUGGUGGCAAAGAGAUGUUCAUUUUAGUGAAGGUGAAGCCCAACGCAUACUUCCGACGCCAGGGCGACGACGUGCACACGGACGCCACCAUAUCCAUGUCUCAGGCGGUGCUGGGAGGAGCUACCAGAAUACAGGGCAUCUACGAGGACAUCACAGUGCAGAUUCCAGCUGGAUCAAGUUCUCACACAACAAUCACGCUGCCGGGCAAGGGCUUGAAGCGCCCCAGCAGCUACGGCCAAGGUGACCACAUCCUGCACCUCAGGAUCAGGACUCCAUCAAGUCUCACUGAGAAGCAGAAGGCGCUUUUCCAGGCAUUGGCUGAGCUUGAGACAGACACACCGGGCUCCAUUGCAGGAUUUGCACGCACUGGUGAUGGUAAAAAUAUUGGGGACAUGCUGAGCAAGGAGGCACGGGCGAUUCUCGCUCUGCUGCGAGGAGCACCGCAGCCGCAGCAGCAGCCAUCGCUGGAGGAAGACGUGACGCAGUCCGCGCCUGCCGACACUCAACCUUCAGAAGACAACAUCGAAGAACUCGUGGGACAAAAAAUAUCCUACAAGGAAGACGAUUUAGAAAUGGACACUAAAAAAAGCGCCCGAAAGGGUAAUGAUAAGGAAGAAACUCGCAAUUAAUCUCACAAGUUUUGCUUACUUUCCUCUUAACAAGUUUUUAGAUAUCACUUAUAAUUGAAAUCUGAGUCUCAAUUGUUCAGAUUUUCGGAAAACUAUUGCUAUAUCUUUUGCUACUUUUGUCCGCUCUGUGAUCGAAAAUUAAUGUAAAUUGUUGAGGAAGUUGACUUUCGUUUCAGUCACGAUCUGGGCAUUGUUCCCGUUCGCGCCGAUAAGUUGUGCCCUCAUGCAUUGCAUAGCUUAGCCUGCUGAUUCAUAAUGUUGGAGCGGCUUUGCGUGCGAUCAAGGAAAAAAAUGAUGUAUGAUAUGUACUGCC